UCCUUGAUGCCCGCUAAGGUCAAAAUUCAAAUUUUUUUACAAUCUAUUAGUGGCACUUUUACUGUACCGCCGCAAACAAACCCUAAUUUCGUUCCUCUUUCUUUUAAUUCCGGUUUAUCAUAUUCAAUUCAAAUCAGUAACACAGUGCAGCAAAGAGUGUCAAACAAUAAAUUGAUUAAAAAAAAAAAAGGAUUUUUGUGAUUACUGUUUGGCAAACAUUGCUGAGGAUAUCGAUGAUGGUCACUUAUGUUGUGGAGAUUGUGAGAAAGUGUUGGAAGAUCAACAUAUUUCCCAGAAAACAGUGUUUUGUGAUAACUGUUGUAAAAAUGUUUCUGGUAUUCGACUUGAUAAUGACCCCUUAUGCUGUGGAGAUUGUGGGAAGUUGUUGGAAGAUAGUUUUUUAGUUAUGGAUGUACGCAGUGCGAGAAGGGAUGCUAAGAAGGUUGAUGACUACAUUCCCGGCGAGGGCCAAUUCUUUCACCGGAACAUUAAACGUUGGGAAUAUGAUAAUGAAGACUAUCUUCAGGAACUAGCUGCCAAGGAAAAAAUUGCUAAGAAAGCUUUUGAGAAGUUUUUCCGAAACUGUUCUAAUGAUUCGCUUGCAGCAAGAGACAAACUUGCUCAAUCCGCCGUAAAAUCUCUGGAAAAAUCCAGAAAGAAACAGGCACAAACUCGAGAGAAUCUCAAGAAAGUAGCCUCUGAAAAUGAUAAUUAUUCGGAGUUGAAGUCAAAGGAAAAUGGAUCGAUUGACGAACUUACUAAUACUUCGUAUCAAGAAAAUGAAGGAAGGAAAAAACGACAACGACGGUUUGCACCUAGAAUAUGCAAAUGAGUCAACUAUGAAGUUGAUGAUUAUGGCUAUGAUGUUUAUUAAUAUAUAAAGUUACUAUAAACUCUUCUUACUUAACUUAUCUGCAACCUUUUCAAACAUAAUCAACAUAGUUGGCAGCAGCAGUGGAAGUGAAGAUUGUUGAAAAAUCUUGGUAUGUUGAGAUUCAUCAUCCAACAGGCUAGAAUCAUUUAUCAGUAUUUAGUUCCUUCCAAAAUUUUGUCAAUCCAUUCAUUACUGUCCAUUUAUUCUUUUUGAUUCUUCCUUUACUUGCAAACUACGCAAGAACAUAGGUGCUACAACUGCAUUCUUCAUGCAUCUACAAUAUAAGAAAGUUAACUGAUCUGGAAAAACCAAAAAUGCCCUUCUUGCCCAAUAUUAAGCCACGUGUAUAGGCUUAACAACCAGCAUUGCAUUUUCUUUAAUUUGGAACCAUCUUGCUUUUCCACAUCUCCACACUCUUUCAAAUUUCAAAUAAAAAUUUUCAUUUUACAAACUCAUUUCUCUCUCAUCUUUCUAUCCAAACUUCUACCCUAUCUAUGUAACCUUCUUUUCUUUCUAAUCCUUUCUCCUACAACAUGAUUUCCAUUUCAAAUUUGUUGGUGAUGAAUCAUAUUUCGAUUUUUUUAAAUUACAUGAGGUAAAUCCUUUUGCACGGAUUUGAUUUUUGAAACCCUUUUAAUCAAAGUUGUUUAAUUUCUUUAUUUUGCAUAUGAUUCUAUUUUUUUGGUGGUGUAAAUCAGACAUGCAGGACUUUCUUGGAAGAGUUUUGAAUAUUGUCAAUGAUGAAUUUGGUAUUGUAAUCCUUUUCCCCAAAAUUCUGAUUUUUAUGUUUAUGUGUAAUUUCCCACUUCUCUCUUCAAUGCUUCUUCUUAAAUUUUACAUAUAUGUUUUACAUGUUUGUUUACUGACUCCGUUUUUCUUUUUCAGUUUUUGGUGUUGCUUUUCUGUGUUUAGAUGGUUUUCAGGAUCUACUGAUUCAACUGCAAGAAGAAAUACGAAGCAACACAAGUCUAUUAACUUCUUCAUCUCUGUGAUUCUUCAUAUUCUCUCAUGUUGUUGGUUUUUGUUUUUUUUUUUUGAAUUUUAGAUUUUGAUUUCAAUGUUGCUGGGUUUUUUUUGCUAUUGAAGGUUUGAUGAUGUUAACACUGUUUCA